GAUGAAUAUCAUCUGGGUCCAUUACUCGUUUCAUUCAGAUUGUCGACCCAAUUUAAGUUCUAGUUCGAGAAAACAUAUUCGUCACACACUAAUCGUGAUCAUUAAACUAGUGCCACGUUUGUUGCUUUAACGGAUUCAUUUCAUUUUUCAUGUGCCUGUUACAGUUUUAUGUAAGUGCGUAACACGACUCUUGAUUAUAAUUACAAUAUUUGACAAACGAAAGUAUUCUUCUCGUGUCUCAUUUAACUGUGGUCCGAUAUGUUUCCCGAGCAAUAAAUAGUUAUUUUUACCAUCUUUUACUGUUAUACAAUUCUUUCCACUGCAGAAUACUCGUAAUUUGUUUACCCAACCACUUAUUGGGCACGCAUACACAAAUAGUGGUAACAAUUGAUGAUUUCGUCGGUCAUCGUUCGAACUGUUAACAAAACAAUUUUUUUUCAUUUAAUUCUUCACUUAUCGAACAUACAUCGAACAUAUCGUUGGUCCACAAAAAUUAGACAUUAGAUUUAUAGCAAUAUGGUUUCGCUGGUUAGGCCAUCAUUAUUCGUAAUCGUAGCAUCGGUUUUCAAUUCGUUUGUAGUUUGUACGGACAAAGAGUUAUUUCUGUCGCGAAAACGGCGCUACCUUACAUUUCCCGAAGAAAGUACACUGCAAUUGGUUUACGAUCAGAUCAUUGGCGUUGUGGACUUCACCAAUCUCUUCAUCUUAGGAAUUACAUGUGCCAUGGCUUGGCAAUUGCCGCACGAACCAUUCGAUGAAGAUUUUCUGAAAAAUCAAUUUCUGAAUGAUGAUGAACCGAAGCGGAGAAUCGAUGAAAAUGUCACCGAUACGUCGGUGAACGACUACCCAGAUCGGAAUUACAAUUCACUAGACUCGAGCAGUUGGAACGAAGUGUUUCAAAGUAACAAACUCUCAUCAUCAGCAUCAUGGGAUGACAGUACCAGAAAGAAAUUCUCGUACCAGAAAUUCAGAAAACCAACGAAAAAACAUUUGGCAUAUGCGGCUAUCGGUAAACGCAGCAUACCGCCAACGAGUAAAUUUGAUCGGUUCUACACUAACCAUCACCGCACAACGCGGCACGUAAUCUACAAAAAAAUCGAGAAAUUCUUGAAUGCUCGUGGAGUGCAUGGAUCUGAUUGUCUGCGUAAAGCACUCUGUGAAACCAGUCAACGACAAGGGAAUGAGAAGCCCGGAAGUUUUGUGGCAGAAAUCAUGAGAGUGAUAUUCAGCUUGCCGGUACCGAACGAAGAUACCGUUUAUCACGGUCCGAAUGAACGUGAUUAUGAUAUGGCGCAUAAUGCUAGUAUUAACUGCUCCGAAAUGUAUUCAAAGUGUAAAGAGAGUUUGUGGAACUUGGACUUUGUUUAACUUCAAUAAAAUCCAGGCGACAAUAAUGGA